GAUGGAAAUCUACGAUGCAGACGAUUAUCAUUCUCCAGAGAACAAAAAGAAGAUGGCAGAAGGGAUACCACUAAAUGAUGAGGACAGGAUUCCUUGGCUUUGUGCACUGCAUGAUAUACUAAGGAGAGAAGACUCAUGCAGACAAGAUGCAAUUCUGGCCUGUUCUGCACUAAAGAAGAUGUAUAGGCGUGUAUUAGUUAGUGGAGCAUCUGCAAUUGAAAGCAACCAGCCAGAGCAACCAGGAGAAAAUGCAGCACUGAAAAUCCUCUUUGUUCAUUUGGAUGGGCCUAUGGACAUCAUUGCUGGCCGCCUGAAGAAGAGGAGAGGACAUUUUAUGCCACCUGAACUUCUCAAGUCUCAGUUUGAUGCUCUGGAGCCUCCUAGCGCACCAGAAAAUUUUAUUACUGUCAGUCUAGAAAAAUCUCUCCCUGAAAUAGUACUGGAGAUUCAGCGUGCCAUUUUUCAGGGUGAGGCUUUUCUGGAGUAAGUUUCUGAAUUACACAUACAGAAAUUCCCUUAAGGAUAUCAAGGGUAUGAAACAGCAUUUUAAUUAUCAAAUCGAUUAUUAAAUCAAAACAACUUAUUUUUCCCGAUAAUUAAAUGGAUUGCAGUGUUAAGAGCUGGGUUACUACUGUUGGUAUUUUUAUCGUGGCUGUGUAAAAGACAUACAAGCUGAAAUUUUCAAAAACUCUCAACUUUUUAAACCCUUCACCAUAUGAAGUUAAACCCCUCAUUUUAGGAAGAGCCUGCUUUUGAAAAUCCUGCCAAGGGUCACACACAAUAAUUUAAUUUCUUCAUUUUAAUUUUACUCUGUCAAACAUGGAGAUGGGCACAUCUGCUAUUAAGUGAUGAAAUAAUUUACAGCUUUGUUAGAAACAAUUUUAUUUUUCUAGAAGUGUAAGAGACAGGAACAUGCAUGAUGAAGUUUCAUGCCCGACACUACCACUGUCUCACUGCCAGAUUUUCAACAAGUUGUAGCUUCUGUGUUUGUGUCCUUGCUAACCUCACCAGGACACUGGUGACUUCAUGAGACCUUUCGUGAACUCAUUGUAUGCAUUGAACUCCAAGCCGAAAAAUGUGAGAAAAAAGGUAGUGGUGGUGAGACAAUACACAAAAUAUGAUUGUAUGGCAAGCUUUAGAAAUAAAGUAUAAGCAGCAUC